AGUAGACUACUAUCAGCUGGGAGCGGUGGGACUGUCCGCUGUGCUGAAAGUUACCUCAGUUUUUUUAACACCCACGAGGCCGAGAGGUAGUCUCGGUUUCGUGGUCUUGGGACUAAAGUUACAUUCCCUCAAGCUCCCGCUUCUCCUGCACUGACAUUUCCUCUCCCUUCUUCUUAUCGGGUUUGGGAUACAUCAGCGGAGCGCGCGAGCCGAGUUCUCCCCCGUUUUUAAUCCCGGAGGAAUGAGUAUACGGUCUGAGAGAAGAGCACGACCAUCCGCCUGACCCAGAGAACAAAAUGGAGUGUGAAGGUUUUGGCUCUGACCUGGAUACAGAUGUUCUGCGUUCAGCAGAAGACCAUCCCCCAACAUCUCUGGAUGCAAACCCCACUAAAGCCAACAGCGAGGAGGUGAAGACACCCCAAAAAACAGAUGCUGAUGCUCCUGUUGAUUCUGAACACAAGGCUGUCACUUCAGCUCCAAUACCAGAUGUCAUUCCAAAGUUACCGACUUCACCAGCGACACCCACCCCACGGUCAAAUGUCAGUCCUCAAACUAAGAAAGAUGCAGUGAAGUCAGAGGACCGACAAAAACUGGCAAAAGAGAGGAGAGAGGAAAGAGCUAAAUAUCUUGAACAGCGCAGCCACCUUCAAGCUGCUAAGAAGUCAGAGUGGCUGGAGAAGGAGGAGCGGGCGCGGCAGUUGCGAGAGCAGCAGUUGCAGGAGCGCCGGAGGAGGCUGGAGGAGCAGAGACUGAAGGCUGAGAAACGCAGGGCUGCUCUGGAGGAGAGACAGAAACAGAAACUGGAGAAGAACAAGGAGCGCUACGAGGCUGCCAUCCAGAGGUCUGCAAAGAAGACAUGGGCUGAGAUUCGUCAACAGAGGUGGUCCUGGGCUGGAGGACUGAGUGCCAAUUCCAGUCAGAGCCAAAGCCGAUGCUCUAUAUCUGCAGUCAACCUGCCAAAACAUGUGGACUCUGUUCUAAACAAGCGACUCUCCAAAUCCUCAGCCACCCUCUGGAACUCCCCCAGCAGAACCCGUAGGUUGGAAUUGAGUCCAUGGGAGAGUAGCAUUGUGGACCGGCUGAUGACACCCACCCUGUCUUUCCUGGCACGGAGUCGUAGUGCUGCCAGCGUGCUAAGCAAUGGCAAAGACUCUCAGUCUCCAGUGUGUCCUCGUUCAGCCUCAGCGAGUCCACUCUCAGUGUGUUCUCACCGGCCCCACCGAUGCUCUGAGCGCUGGAGGGUCACAACCAGCACCCCUGACAUCACCCAGCGCCAACGCAGACGAGACUCCACACCUAUGGAUAAGAGGAAGAAAGAGAAGAAAGACAAGGAGCGAGAAAAUGAAAAAGAAAAGAGUGCCAUCACCAAAGAGAAGGUGCUGAAGAAGAGACAGUCUUUACCAUCAAUGAAAACCAGACCUGAGCCCAGUCCCUUGUCGCGGCAGGCUGCCUCUCCCAUCACACCUAAAGGCAGGGCCUCCUCUCCCAGACCUGCAUCAGCCCAAUCUAGUCCCAGCACACCGAAAGCUCGUCCCAAGAGGGCACGGACGCCCGCUCGGGUGGAGGCACGCACUCGUUCACCUGCUGCUGUAGGGAAAGCCCAAGAUAGCCACAGACCUGCCAUUCCUGAUAACACCAAAGCUUCCUCUCCUAUCCCCCCGAUUGUUGUGUCUGCUGCCCCUGAGAUGCCCCUGUCUAUAAGUGCACCAGUCACAACCAUCAGCGCCUCCUCUGUCCCUGAGAACUCCACAGCCAAUUCCAGUAUUCCAUUAACUUCCCCAGCACCCUCCCCUGCCAAGCCUAUGGCUGGAACCAACGACCCAGAAGAAGCUGCCCGAAUUUUGGCUGAGAAGAGGCGACAGGCAAGGGAGCAGAGGGAGCGGGAGGAGCAGGAGCGGAAAGAACAGGAGGAGAAAAAUAGGCUGGAGCGGGAGGAGCGGUUAGCGCGGGAGGUGGAGGAGAGGAGGCGCAGAGAGGAGGAGGCACGGCUGAUGGCAGAGCAGCAGAGGCUGAGGGACAAAGCCCAGCGUCUGCAACAGGAGAAGGAGGCACAGGAGAGAGCAAAGGCAGAACAGGAGGAGAAUGAGCGCCUCCAGAGACAGAAGGAGGAGGCAGAGGCAAAGGCCCGGGAGGAGGCAGAGCGGCAGCGCCUGGAAAGGGAGAAGCACUUCCAGAAGGAGGAGCAGGAGAGGCUGGAGAGGAAGAAGCGCCUGGAGGAGAUCAUGAAAAGGACACGCAGAACAGACAUGGGAGAAAAGAAGGACACAAAAUCUUCUCCUGCUUCCCAGGUUAAUGGUGGAAGUUCCAAGCCUGAAUCUGAGAGUAUUAAAGCAACAGCUGAUCCAAUCCAAGCCAACCACCAUCCAAGCACAGAUCUGAAGCAGAAUAAUCAAUCUCAAAGUGGCACAAAGGAGAGUUCUUCAUUCCUUGUAAUAAAUGGCGUCCCGACCUCCAAGCACGAGAAUGGCCUGUCUUCAGGGUGCGAGGCAUCCCAAUUUGAAGAGUUCAUCCAACUAGCCAAUCAUAGCAGCACCAGCAGUGGUGGGCGGGAGAAAUCGGAAACUGACAUUCCUGAUGAACCACUUGUGGCCUUUGAUGGUGGGAACUUUCUGAAAAAAGCAGGCCCUAUGAAGCCUCAGCAUGUUGCAGAAGUCCUUUGAGAAAUGUGACUGUUAGAUAAAUACGAGCCUUAUCUGCCUGGCUCCAACUCGCUGCCUGAGGGUCCUUGUGUGAUGAAGCACAGCCUGGCCAGACCCAUGCCAACCCAUUCACUGACUGCUAUUUAGAUUGUACCAAGCGUUGCCACGGUCAGAACCUCCCCUGGGCGAAAGGGUGUGAUUACAAGAAGCCACUCUGCAGUCAAGCUUAACUAAACAAACCUUCACCUCCAACCAAGGUGCAUCUGUGUCACUAUUUAUGAAGAGCCCACUCAGCAGUCUGACCUUGCACCUUAUGGCAGACAGCUUCAUGCAUCUUAGUAAUGACCAGAGAAAACAAAAGGUAUAAACACGUGACAAAACAUGAUUUAUGGCUGUCUUUCAUCUUAUCAUGAGUUUAAAUGAGCAUUGCUUUGCCUAUUUUGUUUUUAAUGUUUAGUUAUUUAAUGUGAUGAGAAUUGUAACUACUGGGUACAGCUGUAUGUGAAUAAUGUAAAUUGGAGUACAAGAGAAGGAGGAUUGUGGAAUAAAACUGAAUGAAAGGGAG